UAAUUUUGAUUUCUGAAUUCCGACACAGUCACACAGGGUGUGCGUGAGAGAGAGAAACCAGGCACAAAGGAAGAGGAGGGAAAAUGAAAGACGAGAAGUCUGUGUAAGUGUGUAUAAUAAAAAAAGAACAAAAGGAAAAUAACAAAAUGAAAGCGAAGAUACCAAGUACGAGAGCAGCAGCAGCUCUAGCAUCAACAGAGAGGAAGAAUAAAAAAAAGUGUAAUCAGUGAAAAGGAAGAAGACGAUGAGAGAGUCACUUGUGAUGGAUUCUACCAAACGAAGCCCUACAUCAAUGCCUCCCCGUAGCGGCAGCUUAAAAUCAUCCUCACCACCACUUCCCUUGGUGAUUUCUCUCAACUGUCUCGAGGACUGCAGCUUCGAACAGGAAACCCUCGCUGGCGUUGCCACCGUCGAACACGUCGGUCUCAGCCGCCUUGCCGACGGCCGGAUCGAGGCCGCAGCUGCCAUUCUCCUCCACUCCCUUGCCUUCCUCCCACGCGCCGCGCAACGCCGCCUCCAGCCAUGGCAACUCAUUCUCUGCCUUGGCUCCCCGGACCGCUCCGUCGACUCCGGCCUCGCCUCAGAUCUUGGCCUGCGCCUCGUCCACGUUGAUGCCUCGCGCGCCGAAGAGAUUGCUGACACUGUCAUGGCUCUCUUCCUCGGCUUGCUUCGUCGUACUCACUUACUUUCUCGUCAUGCUUUCUCUGCCUCCGGAUGGCUCGGCUCAGUCCAGCCUCUCUGUCGCGGGAUGCGACGCUGUCGAGGCCUCGUUCUGGGGAUUGUGGGUAGAUCCGCGUCAGCAAGGUCGUUGGCCACCAGGAGCUUGGCGUUUAAGAUGAGUGUGCUCUAUUUCGAUGUUCAUGAGGGAGCAGGGAAGUCAGGCAGGCCUUCCAUAACAUUUCCUCCAGCUGCCAGAAGAAUGGAUACACUCAAUGAUUUGCUUGCUGCAAGUGACCUUAUUUCACUUCAUUGUGCACUAACAAAUGAAACUGUUCAAAUUAUCAAUGCAGAAUGCUUGAAGCAUAUUAAACCUGGGGCAUUUCUUGUGAAUACAGGGAGCAGUCAACUGUUGGAUGAUUGUGCUCUGAAGCAGCUUUUGAUUGAUGGAACUCUUGCUGGCUGUGCACUGGAUGGUGCUGAAGGGCCACAAUGGAUGGAAGCAUGGGUACGAGAAAUGCCCAAUGUAUUGAUACUUCCCCGCAGUGCUGAUUAUAGUGAAGAAGUAUGGAUGGAGAUAAGAGAGAAAGCUAUUUCUAUAUUGCAGACUUUCUUCUUUGAUGGGGUUAUUCCAAAGAAUGUUGUAUCUGACGAGGAUGAUAAAAUUAGUGAAUCAGGUUAUGAAGAUGAGCAGUCUGAGAUGCAAGACAGGGAGAGUGCUUUGCAGAUUAGUGUUGGUGAGCAGAUGACAGAUGACAUUCAAUUAAGUCCGGAAAACCGCCAAAAAAGGAGGGGUUUUCAGUCUAAAGAAUCCCACAACCAACCUCAAAUUUCAGGGCCUUCAGGUUUGUCCCAGCAUACUGUCACUCGUUCUGAAGGAAGGCGUAGCAGAUCUGGUAAGAAGGGGAAAAAGAGGCAUGCCCGUCAUAAAUCCCAACAAAAGCCAGAUGACCCUUCUGCAUUAGACAGAGAAAGUAAUACUGCUUCACAGAGAGAAGAUGAUACUGCUAUGAGUGGCACGGAUCAAGUACCAAGUUCUAGUUCUCGUUUUGCUUCCCCUGAAGAUUCAAGGAUUAGAAAAAAUCCUGUUGAAUCUAUACAAGAAUCAACUUCUGAGCGGCAUGUAAAAUUGAAUAUGAUGUUAAACAGAAAGUCCGGUGAGCUAUUAAAAGAUGGAUAUGUUAUAGCAUUGCAUACCCGAGAUCGUUCUGCUUUUUAUGUGUCCAGACAAAGAGUCCCUGGUGGUGGGUGGUUCCUGGAUACCAUGUCUAAUGUGACAAAAAGGGAUCCUGCAGCACAAUUUCUUGUUGUCUUUAGAAACAAGGAUACAAUUGGAUUGCGAUCUUUCGUUGCUGGUGGAAAACUAUUGCAGAUAAAUAGAAGAAUGGAAUUUGUGUUUGCAAGUCAUAGUUUUGAUGUUUGGGAGAGUUGGAUGUUGGAAGGUUCUUUAUUGGAGGAUUGUAGGCUUGUCAACUGUAGAAAUCCACUGGCUGUUCUAGAAGUUCGAAUUGAGAUUCUCGCAGCUGUAGGUGAAGAAGAUGGAGUCACCCGCUGGCUUGAUUAGUGUGUAUGUGAGAGUGAGAGGCCUAGUAUAUUCCUUUAUGUUUGUUUCAUUUUCCUUAUUUUACUAUUUGGGGUCUGUUCUCUUGGGCAAUUUGUAGAGUGUUCAGUUCUGGUUAUGCUAAACCUAAAUAGGAGAACCAACCGUCUUGGCAUUGUAAACCCUGGUUGUGGGUCUCCAUUCCAUAGAUAUCAACUUGAAAGUGUUUCCCUGUUAAAAAAGGAAAAUUGCUGCAGCGUGACCAGCCCUGACCUUUUCUUUUGCCUCCCUCAGCCCCCAUAGGAAUACAAUUGCAUUGCAGAAAUGAAGUUGUGCACUUGACUGUUAUACGGAUGAAAUUAUGUUACGGUAACCAGUUUCUAAUUUUUAACAGUUC